AUGGAGGAUAUAAUUGUGAUGCCAUGGUCUUCUGAUUCAGAAUGGCAGUCUAUUAGACAAGAUAUAUUUGGCAGUAAAGAAUUACGAAAUUACAAACGAGCUCUGAGAAAAUUAUUACUCUGGAAAACUAGAGGAAGACAAUUAUCUCGAGGAUUAUAUUGCACAGAAUUGAUUUUACAAGUUAUCUCUAAAGAUAGUUAUUUUUGUGAUGUUGAUGAUAUCAUUAUUGUAAAUGAUUUAGUUCGUUUAUAUUCUAUGGCAAUAAUGAAAUUUGUCAAUUUGACUGCUGACUUUUUGGGAAAAGGCCCACAGAAAUCAAUGUAUUUCAGAGCAUCUCGUUUAGAACUUCCAUCAUGGUUAAUUGACAUGCGCCAUAAAAUUUCACAUGACCGAGAUUUACCUACUCUUAAAUCAUUGAGAACAGCUAUGGAGUUUGCAUUGGAUUGGUUAAAGACAAAAUAUUGGAAUGUAGAUGAUAAUUUCUUGAUUGUUGGACCAAAAUUAGAAAUAAAUGAUGUUGAUGUAUUUAUGGACACAAUAGAGUUUUAUAUGUUAAAUAAAAGACAAAAUAAUACUUCUCUCAAAGAAGACCAUUUAAAUGCUCUUAGAAAAAAGUUACAUAUGCCUGAAUUUUCAUAUAAAGAAUGUCUAAAGAAAAUAAAAGAAUAUUUAGCAAAUAAACAUACAUCUUCACAAUUAGUCAAUUUGUUCAUUACACGGUAUUUACUUCAAUCUGAGGAGUGUAAUAUUUCUAAAGGUAGAAUUUCUAAAGCGGAUAAAGCACUUUGGAGUGUAAUGUUGAAAAUCUUGACCAAUUCAGGUCUCUUAACAAAUGUACUACAGUGUUUAGUCACUCAGAAUUCUCGUGUUGCUGCUUUAUGGGUCAUUGAAUUAUGUAUAGUUGCAUAUAAAACUAGUAGAAAAAUUAAUAUUAAACACAACCAAAGUGAUGACUGCUUGAACUGUAAACCUUCCCAUUUAGAUACAAGUCUAGUAUUAAGAACGGCUUUGAAUACACCCCAUAAACAUACUAUUAUAUUUUUAAAAUGGUUAUUGCGAAUACAAUCAAAUUCGUUGAAAGUUAAACAACAGUACAAUCUUAUUAAACUAAUAUCAUUGUACACUGGUUCAGUAAAGGUUAAUCCUAAAAAUGCUGAAUGUUUAUUCACUGUCGACGAUUUAAUUAAAAAUACUAAAAAUGAAAAUCAAUCUCAGUGGUCUUUAGCUUUUGGUCAAUUGAACUGGAGACAAGUACCAUUUGGUAGUGCUUUGUAAACAAAAAUUAAUCAAUUACAAAUUUAUAUCCAUAAACAUCAUUA